GACUUUGAACAACAGCCUGCAAUGAUGAUAGUGAUGAUUCUGAUCAUGCUAAUGUUUGUGGUGAUAAAGACAGCAGCAGCGUCGGCGCGUGGCCCUGAGAUGGACAUAAAACCUGGAGUUGACACCUGCUCGUACGUUUUGGACUUUUGGGUCGCAGAGAUUCCCUCCAACAUCUCCAGCAACACCCAAUACCUGGAAGUCAGGCAGACGCAGAUCACUGUGAUUUCCCAGGGCGCCUUCACCAGCCUGCAGCAUCUCAGGAAACUCUUCAUAUUGGAGAACGACCUGCUCGAGACCAUCACCGCGUUAGCCUUCGCCGGCCACCCUCGGCUCACACAUAUCACCAUCUCUGAGAAUGUAGCAUUGAAGAGUAUCGGGGCUUUUGCAUUCUCUGAUCUCCCUGAACUCAGCGAGUUAACCAUAACAAAGUCAAAACACCUGAGACACAUCCACCAAGAUGCAUUCAAGAACAUCAUGAAACUAAAGUUUCUGCGCAUCGACAACACUGGACUGACAACGUUUCCAAACUUGACAGAGAUCAACUCCACAGCCGGCGACUUUCUGUUUCACCUGCAGGAGAACAACCACAUAAAGGGAGUCCCUGCCAAUGCCUUCAGAGGCCUCUGCACUCAUACUAUCACCGAGAUACACCUCACCAGAAAUGGCAUCGAGGAGGUGGCAAGUGACGCCUUCAACGGCACAAAGAUAAACAGAUUAUACCUAAGAGGAAACGAACAGCUUACUCACAUCCAUCCCAACGCCUUUGUGGGUUCCAGUGAGUUGGUGGUUCUGGACAUUUCCCAGACAGCCCUCAGCUCCCUGCCGGACGACAUCCUCACACGACUCGAGAUGCUGUUCGCUGUGUCCGCCCGUAAUCUGAAGAAACUUCCUCCUCCGCAGCUCUUCACCAAACUCAGCGAGGCCUACCUGACCUACCCGUCACACUGCUGCGCCUUCCAAAGUAUAAAAAGGAACGGAACGAGGUGGCACUCCAAGUGCUCUGAACCCGGGUCUUGGGAAAUCCCAAACUUUCGAAGGGACAACUGCUUCAACUCAACCUCCAUCACCUGCAGCCCAACCCCCGAUGACUUUAACCCCUGUGAGGACAUCAUGUCCGCUGUCCCCCUACGGGUCCUCAUCUGGAUCAUCUCUAUCCUCGCAUUGCUGGGGAACGCAGCAGUACUUCUGGUCUUGUUAGGCAGCCGCUCCAAACUGACUGUCCCUCGUUUCCUCAUGUGCCACUUGGCCUUUUCUGACCUCUGCAUGGGCAUCUACCUGGUAGUAAUAGCAACUGUGGACAUGCUCACACGUGGCCAGUACUACAACGACGCCACAGACUGGCAGGAGGGCCUGGGCUGCAGUGCUGCGGGCUUCUUUACGGUGUUUGCCAGUGAGCUGUCGGUGUUCACAUUAACAGCGAUCACAGUGGAGCGCUGGCACACCAUCACACACGCUCUGCGGCUCGACCGUAAACUUCGCCUGAGACACGCAUGCAUCAUGAUGACAGCGGGCUGGAUCUUCUCCUCGAUCGCCGCUUUGCUGCCCACAGUCGGGGUCAGCAGCUACGGAAAGGUGAGUAUCUGCCUGCCCAUGGACGUGGAGUCUCUGAAGGCUCAGGUCUAUGUGGUGUCCCUCCUCCUCCUCAACAUCCUGGCCUUCUUCUGUGUGUGCGGCUGUUACCUCAGCAUCUACCUGACCGUCCGCAACCCUUCGUCUGCACCGGCGCACGCCGACACCCGCGUGGCCCAGCGCAUGGCCAUCCUAAUCUUCACUGACUUUGUCUGCAUGGCUCCCAUCUCCUUCUUUGCUGUCUCAGCCGCCCUCAAGCUCCCUCUCAUCAGCGUCUCAGACUCCAAACUCCUGCUGGUGCUCUUCUACCCGAUCAACUCGUGCUCCAACCCCUUCCUCUACGCCUUCUUCACGCGCACCUUUAGGCGGGAUUUCUUUCUCCUCACGGCUCGCUUUGGCCUGUUUAAAACGCGGGCGCAGAUUUACCGGACAGAGAGUUCCUCCUGUCAGCAGCCGGCAUGGACCUCUCCAAAGAGCAGCCAUGUGAUGCUCUACUCCUUGGCCAAUCCUUUAAGUGACUGACUGUCAUUCAAAAGUCCACAGACAAAGGAUUUUUGCUUGAUUGUCAGGAGGGUCGUAUUUCUCUCCCCACAGAAGUCCUAUUUUUCGAAAGGAAAUUCCUCUUAGGUCUGAUGGAGAUAUUGACAGACUACAAUGCAGCCUUAGAGUUACAAGAAAUUCAACAUUGCUUCAGAGGUGCACUUCUUUUCAUGCGUGAAAAUGUGUGGAGACACCGAACAGACUGCUAAAUCCUCCAUACGACGCCCGAACUCAUGACACUGAAUGUUGCGGGUUUUCACUUAUGUUCGAUAUGUUGCCAGUGUCUUUGGCCAGUACAUCAGCCAAUGACCUCUGCCCUGCAACAACACAGAGCACAAGAGUCCUUCUUGAACCAUGUGACCCAUGGAAAAACUCUACUGUAUGUACCGUGUGUACAGACAUCCAAGUAAAGAUAGCUACAGAACAAUUGCAGAUACUUUGACAAAAUCUAGGUCAUAUAGCUGUCCCAGAUAAUUCCUCGCGUUUGAUUUACCUUGAUUGGAAUGCGCGAUGGGUUGGAGUUUACUGCGUC